UCUCUCAUUCAGGUUACAGGAGUUUUCACCACAUCCAUCUCCGUUUUUCACAGCCAGGAUCUCUUUUCUACUCCUCUGCUUCUCUUUGAGCAUCACCAAACCGCAGCCACGAUGACGGAGACGGAGUCGUUGGAGAAGCAGCAGCAGCACAAGUCUAGCAACGGACAUGGUCUUCCAGAAGCCGAGAGAGAAGACGUGUUCGAUCACUCAUACAAAGAAAAAGAAGGGCCCAAACCUCCCUCUAGCAUCGUCUGGAGAAAUGUCGUGUUGAUGUCUCUAUUGCAUAUAGGCGCUGCUUACGGCGUGCUCCUCAUCCCUUCAGCAUCCCCGUUGACCUUGCUUUGGUCCUUACUUUGUUUUGUUACAAGUGCUUUAGGAGUUACUGCAGGAGCUCAUCGCCUGUGGAGUCACAGAUCCUACAAGGCCUCACUACCGCUAAAGAUCUUUCUUGGACUUGCCAAUUCCAUGUCAUUUCAGAAUGAUAUCUUUGAGUGGGCUCGAGACCACAGGGUUCACCACAAAUAUUCGGAGACAGAUGCUGACCCGCACAACGCCGUCCGGGGCUUCUUCUUCGCUCACAUUGGCUGGCUGAUGUUGCGCAAACACCCUGACGUCAUUGAGAAAGGGAAAAAGCUGGAACUCACUGACCUGAAGUCUGACAAAGUUGUGAUGUUUCAGAAGAAGUAUUACAAGCGGUCUGUGCUGCUCAUGUGCUUCUUCGUCCCGAUGGUCGUGCCUUGGUACAUGUGGGGGGAGUCUCUGUGGGUGGCGUACUUCAUCCCCGCGCUGUUGAGGUACACCUUGGUGCUGAACGCCACCUGGCUGGUCAACAGCGCGGCCCACAUGUGGGGAAACAGGCCCUAUGACAAGACCAUCAACCCCAGGGAGAACGCGUUUGUCAUAUUCAGCGCUAUAGGUGAGGGAUUCCACAACUAUCACCACACGUUCCCCUUCGACUACGCUACGAGCGAGUUCGGCUGCAAGUUGAACCUUACCACUUGUUUCAUCGACGCCAUGUGCUUCUUGGGCCUGGCCAAGGACGUCAAGAGAGGGUCCCGAGAGCUGGUGCAAGCCCGGUUACAGCGCACUGGAGACGGAAGCCACCGGAGUGGCUAAGAUUGAUGAGUUGUGGUCAGCUUCGGGGGGAAAACAAUUGAAAAGAAGUGUUUUAACAGCUAUACAUUUAUCAUCCACUGAGGAUAAAAGUAAUCUUCCUGAGGGCCCUGACAACAUUUUGUAGCCGUAACUAAAUAAUUUGUUCAAGCUGGAUAAAAAACAACCCAUUUUUGUGAAGCUCUUUCUUUGCCUUGGUUUCUGCUCAGACAGACCAUGGCCCUGCAAAGAUGCUUUAGAUCUGAAGUAGAUACAUUUUAUUUUAAAAGUCAAUUUCAUCCUCUGCCGUUUGUUGCCACUUUGGUGUGCAUUCUUCAUGCAGGGUCAGUCAUGUCGCUGCUCAUUUUAUGUAAGUAUUACUUAACUAUUAAACAAAAUAGAUAAUUAGUGGUGCUUGAAAACUAUUGAGGAACAAUGUUUAAACUGAUAAGAUAUGAUACGUACAGGAGACCGUUGUCAUUGCUUGUUACAGACCGUUUUUACCGUUCUCAUACACGGUUAAUAAAUUUUUUGAGCGCUUUAAGAUCUCGGAAAAAAAGGGCUGAGAGUUUGAAUGAUGUUGUUUGGCUUUAAGGAAAUAUGGCACACGAUGGAAGAGUGAGCGAACCCAGACCUUCUUCUUAUAACCUGACUAAUGACAACAGAGUCAUGUAGCGUGUUGCAGUAUGUUCCCAAAUAAGUAGAAAAAAGUAAACACUAACAUAUAAUGUAUUUAGUGUAGUAAAUGGAUUGAGUAUUCCCCCAGACCAUAUAGGAGAGGUAUUUAUCAUUAAAUACAAAACUGCCGUUCAAGUUUAACAGUUAGAUAAAUGUUAUAUAUUUAAGGAAUAUAUCAUCGUGCCAAGAGUGUGCCAAUUGUCAAAAACAUCUUCAUGCUCUCCGCUAGAGAGCAUACUUAAGUCGAUAUUGCUUCUUCACCAAACAUCUUUGUGGACGUUUUCUAACAUUGUGGCAUCAGUGGCGUUGCUCCCUCUUUUAUCCAACAUGUCCCUAUUUUGUCCAAAAACAUCUGCAGCAGAGAUCUCAUUGGUCGAUGUAGCAGCCAGUCAUGUGACAGUUCUGGUGUUACAAAACAACAUGUCACCGAUGCAUGGUGAUUUACUGUAGUAGUUGUUGUGGUGAGGUCUUUUAUCGGUAACUAUAAUGACAGAGCUGUGUCUAUUUUUGUAACGUACUGUGGAGCUGCAUCGCUUUUGGAUCAUCAGAACUGUAACUGUUGCCUUGGUGAUUUGAGACGGGGUCAGGUUUCCCUUUGAAGUCCUACAAAGCUGAUUGUCAUUGCUAUAUUUGAGCUGCAUCUAUGUUCAUGCUCAUCUUUAAUUCUGAUGUGUGGAAUGCUUAUAUUAUCCUCUUUAUGUAUUUUUUUUUUCUUCCCUUAUUGACUUUAAAGAAAGAUUGUUGAACCAAAUGUCUGCACUUCAACAGUUGGCAGUAAUAUAAAUCAAAUUUGAGCUCCUGUGUAUUUUAUAAGUCAGGAUACAACCUAAUGCCUUAUGACUUGAAUCCAUUCCUGAUCUUCUUCGCGCCAAAUCUGACCACAGUCCAUGUUUACAGGCUGAAGCACCAGAUGGAACAUUGUUUUUUAUUCUGAAAACAUAUUUUAAUUUUGGCAAAUUAUCCACAUUUAUUGACAAAAACAAAGUGCUUUAAAUUAAGACAGAAGUUCAUAUUCCAAGAAGACAAAUGAAAACGCCUGCUGCAAAUGUUCAAUCAACAGAUUUAACCCUGAUGUGUCGACUAGUUUCAACCCAUUGGGUGCCGUCAUGAUGGAUGUUAGAGCAUCAUCAGAGCACCUAACAAAACCCAACAGUAUCACAAGCCAUGCAAACAACUCCGGCACAAUCAACAUUUGCCAAAUGACAGAAUCAAAAGGUUGUCAGUCCGAACGAUAAUGUCAAAUCUCAACUGUACUCUUCUGAAAUAAAGAAAUUCACAAUAUUUUCAAUAGACACAAUUAA